GGCUCGGGGCUUGGGCGCCCACCCGGCCCGCAUCCCCUCGCCGCCCCAUGGCUCGGCUCCGCGCGCUGCUGUCCUGCCUGCUGUCCCUGCACUGCGGGCUCUGCGCCGCCGCAGGCAGCCGGAUCCCAGAACUGCGCCUCUCUGGAAAGCUCCACGACUAUGGGGUGACGGUGCCCUGCAGCACAGAUUUUCGGGGACGGUUCCUCUCCCAUGUGGUGUCGGACCCAGCAGCAGUCUCUGCGAGAAGCACAGUGGUGGGUAGGCCACCCACACCACCGUCACGCUCCAGGCACCGCCGGGUGGCCCGCAGCCCCCUGCACCCCGACAGAGAGAACCUGCAGCCUGGCAGGAUGGGACGCCACUCCCUGUACUUCAACGUCACUGUUUUUGGGAGGGAACUACACUUGUACCUGCGGCCCAACCGGCGGCUGGUGGUGCCGGGAGCUUCGGUGGAGUGGCAGGAAGACUUUCAGGAGCUGUUCCGGCAGCCUUUGUGGCAGGAGUGUGUCUACACCGGUGGUAUCACAGGCAUGCCGGGGGCAGCUGUCGCCAUCAGCAACUGCGAUGGAUUGGCUGGCCUGAUCCGCACAGACAGCACCGACUACUUCAUUGAGCCUCUGGAGCGGGGGCAGCAGGAGAAGGAGGCCGGCGGGAGGACACACGUGGUAUACCGCCGGGACACUGGCCAGCAGGAGUGGGCAGAACUUCACGGGGACCUUUACAAUGAAGCCUUUGGCCUUGGCGACCUUCCCAACCUGCUGGGCCUGGUGGGGGACCAGCUGGGCGAUGCGGAGCGCAAACGGCGCCAUGCCAAGCCGGGCGGCUACAGCAUCGAGGUGCUGCUGGUGGUGGACGACUCAGUGGUGCGCUUCCACGGCAAGGAGCACGUGCAGAACUAUGUCCUCACCCUCAUGAACAUCGUGGACGAGAUAUACCAUGAUGAGUCCCUGGGGGUCCACAUUAACAUUGCCCUUGUCCGCUUGAUCAUGGUCGGCUACCACCAGUCCCUGAGUCUGAUUGAGCGUGGAGACCCCUCACGCAGCCUGGAGCAGGUCUGUCGCUGGGCGCACUCCCAGCAGCGCCAGGACCCUGGCCACGCUGAGCACCACGACCAUGUCAUCUUCCUCACCCGGCAGGACUUUGGGCCCUCAGGGUAUGCGCCCGUCACUGGCAUGUGCCACCCCCUGAGAAGCUGUGCCCUCAACCAUGAAGACGGCUUCUCCUCAGCCUUCGUGGUUGCCCAUGAGACUGGCCAUGUGCUCGGCAUGGAGCACGACGGCCAGGGAAACAGCUGUGCCGAUGAGACCAGCCUGGGCAGUGUCAUGGCACCCCUGGUGCAGGCGGCCUUCCACCGUUUCCACUGGUCCCACUGCAGCAAGUUGGAGCUCAGCCGCUACCUCCCCUCCUACGACUGCCUUCUGGACGACCCCGUUGAGCCGGCCUGGCCCCAGCCUCCCGAGCUGCUUGGGAUCAACUACUCAAUGGAUGAGCAGUGCCGCUUUGACUUUGGCACCGGGUACCAGACCUGCACAUCGUUCAGGACCUUUGAACCCUGCAAUCAGCUGUGGUGCAGCCACCCGGACAACCCGUACUUCUGCAAGACCAAGAAGGGGCCCCCACUGGAUGGGACCGAGUGUGCGCCGGGCAAGUGGUGCUUCAAAGGUCACUGUAUCUGGAAGUCCCUGGAACAGUUGUAUGGCCAGGAUGGAGGCUGGAGCUCCUGGACCAAGUUUGGAUCGUGUUCGAGGUCAUGUGGGAGUGGAGUGCGAUCCCGCAGCCGGAGCUGCGACAGCCCCCCCCCAGCCUAUGGAGGCCGCCCGUGCUCAGGGCCCAUGUUCAAGUAUCAAGUCUGCAACAGUGAGGAGUGCCCGGGGCCCUACGAAGACUUCCGGGCCCAGCAGUGCGCCAAACGCAACUCCUACUACACCUACCAGAAUACCAAGCACACCUGGGUCCCCUACGAGCCUGAGGAUGACACCCAGAAGUGUGAGCUGAUCUGCCAGUCAGCAGACACAGGUGAUGUGGUGUUCAUGAACCAAGUGGUCCACGACGGGACGCGCUGCAGCUACCGAGACCCCUAUAGCCUCUGUGCCCGUGGCGAGUGCGUGCCCGUCGGCUGUGACAAGGAGGUCGGAUCCAUGAAGGCAGAUGAUAAUUGUGGAGUGUGUGGUGGUGACAACUCCCACUGCAGGACUGUGAAGGGAACCCUGGGCAAGGCCUCCAAGCAGGCAGGAGCUCUCAAGCUGGUGCAGAUUCCUGCGGGCGCCAGACACAUUCAGAUCGAGGAGCUGGAGAAGGUCCCCCACCACAUUGCGGUGAAGAACCAGGUCACAGGCAGCUUCAUCCUCAACCCCAAGGGCAAGAACGCCACGAGCCGGACCUUCAUGGCAAUGGGCCUGGUGUGGGAGUAUGCAGUGGAGGACGCCAAGGAAAGCCUCAAGACCAGUGGGCCCCUGCCCGAAGCCAUCGCUGUCCUGGUGCUCCCCUCAGAGGAGGGUGGCCCCCGCAGCAGCCUGGCCUACAAGUACGUCGUUCAUGAAGAUCUGCUGCCCCUUAUUGGGAGCAACAACGUGCUCCUGGAGGAGACAGACACCUAUGAGUGGGCGCUCAAGAGCUGGGCCCCCUGCACCAAGUCCUGCGGAAGAGGUAUCCAGUUCACCAAAUAUGGCUGCCGGCGCCGCCGGGACCACCACAUGGUGCAGCGGCACCUGUGCGACUACAGGAAGAGGCCCAAGCCCAUUAGGCGGCGCUGCAACCAGCACCCAUGUGUCCAGCCCGAGUGGGUGACAGAGGCGUGGGGCACCUGCAGCCGGAGCUGCGGGAAGCUGGGGGUACAGACGCGGGGUGUGCAGUGCCUGCUGCCCCUAUCCAAUGGCACCCGCAAAGCCAUGCCAGCUAAGGCCUGCCCCGGGGACCGGCCUGAGGGCCGGCGGCCGUGCCUCCGCGUGCCCUGCCCAGCCCAGUGGCGCACCGGAGCCUGGUCCCAGUGUUCCGUCACCUGUGGGAAGGGCAUCCAGCAGCGGCAGGUCGUGUGCCGAACGAAUGCUAGCAGUCUGGGGCAGUGCGAGGGGGACAAGCCGGACACCGUCCAGAUCUGCAGCCUGCCCGCCUGUGGAGGAGGUCUCCAGAGCUCUACGGCAAAGGCUGACAUCAGGGAACUUGUGACCCCGAAGUGGACCCCACAAACUGGACCCCUCCAUCCCGUUGACAAGAUAUUAUCAACAGAGCCCUGCAUGGGGGACAGGUCCAUCUUCUGCCAGAUGGAGGUGCUGGAUCACUACUGCUCCAUCCCUGGCUACCAACGGCUCUGCUGUGGGUCCUGUACCAAGAAGGACCCCAGCCUGACUUCACCAUCGCCAAUCCCUACCCCUGGGAGCCCUUUCUCAGGAACCAAGUCCCCUCUAGAUGCUGUGGAGCCCACUGGGGGGCCACCAGGGCCAGAUGGUCAUCAGCCUGGUCUAACCACACAGCUUCCAGAACUUCUGGAUACAAGCUCUCCCGUGACCCAGUACCACCUUGCUCCCCAGAGACUAAGCACUAGAGCAUCCUGGGUCACCUCCCCUACCACCCAGCGGGGACAGCCUUGGGGCUGGACUGAGGCACUGACGUCAGCCUCUGAGGAGAAAGAGCAGCCCAAGGAAGACCAGAAGUAUCCAGGCACCAGCCGCCCCACCACCUCCCUGAUGACAUAAGCUGCCUGUCCCAUCCCGCCAGUCAAGUUUACAGGCCAUGUGCAGCCCCAGGGACCCCAGCUCAGAGCACACACAGCAGGCAGGGGCCAGCACAGGCUUCCUUUUAAAUUAUUUGCCUUCUUGUUCUCCUGUGGGGCUGUGAUACUCUUCACCCCCGGAAGGGGUGGGGAGAAGGAAAAGAUCAGGGAAAGCCCUAAUCUGAGAUACCUCAGCAAGCAGUCCCCGGUGACAAUUGCACCUCUCAGGGUCAGCUCGUGUCCCCUCCUCACAGUGGCCAGGGCUGCCCAUCUUCACCAGAACUUGGGGGGACCCUUUUGAGGUCCUACCUCUCUGGCCCCUCUGCCUGGAAACAUAUGUGGGACCAGAGAAGGUGGGGGCUAACAGGGCAGCCUGAGAUGAAGAGGGGGCUAGAGUGAACAUGGUCAUGAGGGUCCUCUCCUCACUAGCAGGGUUGGGGGUGGGGAGGGAGCAAGAAGGCAGUUUCGUCUCAGGCCCAGCUUUGCCAGCCAAGACCCAGAGGCAGAAUCUAGCUUGUGUUGGCUGGCUGGAGGGGAGUUCUGAGCCAGCCGAGUCGGGGGCCCCACCCCCACCCCAACCUCAUAGAGAAGGGGGCUCAGGACACUUGGAACCAGGUCUUCAUCAUCCAGGGGUUUCCAAAUUGGUACUUGACCCCUGGCUGGACCAGGAACAGCAGCUGUCAUCAUCACUCCGGGCCUGGGAGGAGCCUGGCCCAGAGGGUGACCGUGUCACAGAGGAGACGUGAUUUUUUGGACUGUGUCAGGCCCUUCCCACUGUCUGCCAAAGAACACUCUUGCUGGGUUCAGGCAUCUCCUCCCACCUGGCUUGAGCUUGGCCAGAGUUUGCGGUGCUCUGGAGGGUGGUCAGGCCCCAGGGCUGAGGAACUGGGUAUCCACUCAUAGUAGACUCAAGUGGUAACAACAGCUACCCAGGCCAAGCGUCCAGGGCAGGACUGGUGCCUCUGCCCGAUGCUGGGGCUGAGAGAACACUUGGUCCAGUACCACAGAGCCUCAGCCAUGCUCGGCUGCCCUCCAUGUUACCUGCAAGGGGCAGGUAACACCCCUAGACCCCUGGCUCUCAGGAAGCUGCUCGGGUUCCCAGGAUACCUCUCAGGAGUCCUCGCUCCCGGAAGUCAUGGAGAGGGCCUCCCAGACCCCUCAUCAGGUGUUAGAGGUGCUUGUUGUCCUUCUCGCCCUCAGCCGGGGGAGGGGGCUGUUCAGAGCUGGCUUCAGGAAUUGGAGCAGUGGAGCCCCUUGGAGAACAGAGACCCCAGAGGGGGCUCCCCUGGGCUUUCUCCGAGCUAUCCUCCCCAUCUCUGGGAUGCUGGUGCACACAACGAAUCAUUCCUGUGAGAACCAUGCCUGGCCUGUGUUACGUACUGUGUGUAAACUCUGUGCCUUUGAGAUCUGGAUGUUUUAAAUUUUAAGUAUUUAUUAA